AUGGAUAUGAGCAAUAUGGAUCACUCGGACAUGUCCUCGUCCUCUUCGUCUUCCUCGCACUCGAUGUCUAUGGCCAUGGUGUUUAUGAACGCUCACGACACACCUCUUUUCUCCUCGCAAUGGACUCCCUCGUCAACGGGCUCCUACGCGGGCACUUGUAUCUUCCUCAUUAUCCUCUCCAUCAUUGCCCGGUUACUGGUCGCCUUCAAAGCCGUCAUGGAGCGACAUUGGUUGGCGGUCCAUCUCAACCGUCGCUAUGUGGCCAUUGCAGGCAAAUCCACCGAGGCUGGCCGCAUUGACGCCGACCCGGAUGCAAAGACCGCAUCAUUGGUGACGGCUCAAGGCGUCGAGGAGUCGGUCAAGGUGGUGCGCCGAUUGACUCACGAGCCUAUGCCGUGGCGGUUUAGCGUGGACCUGCCCCGCGCGUUCAUAUUUCUCUGCAUUACUGGGGUUUCCUAUCUACUAAUGUUGGCCGUCAUGACCAUGAAUGUGGGGUAUUUCUGCUCCGUCUUGGGAGGGGCCUUUCUGGGGGAGCUCAUGGUCGGCCGAUUCAUCCAGUGGGAUGAGCACAGCCAUUAA